AUGGCGACGGGUGUCAGGGGGUACCAGCAGUCAGUGUCAGCGACGGGUGUCAGGGGGUACCAGCAGUCAGUGUCAGCGACAGGUAUCAGGGGGCACCAACAUUCAGUGUCAUAUGGCGACGGGUGUCAGGGGGUACCAGCAGUCAGUGUCAGCGACGGGUGUCAGGGGGUACCAACAGUCAGUGUCAGCGACGGCUGUCAGGGGGCACCAACAGUCAGGGUCAUAUGGCGACGGGUGUCAGGGGGCAUCAACAGUCAUGAUGCCAUGAUGCGACGGAUGCCAAAUAUACAACUAGAAAGAUCCUUAUGUCCAUCAGGUGAUGGUAUCAUAAACAGUCCAUCCGGUGAUGGUAUCAUCAACAGUCCAUCAAGUGAUGGUAUCAUCAGCAGCCCAUCAGGUGAUGGUAUCAUUCACAGUCCAUCAGGUGAUGGUAUCAUCCACAGUCCAUCACGUGAUAAUAUCAUCAACAGUCCAUUAGGUGAUGAUAUCAACAACAGUCCAUCAAGUCAUGAUAUCAACAGUUUAUCAGGUGAUGGAAUCAUUCAACAGUCCAUAAGUCCAUUAAGUGAUGGAAUCAUCAACAGUCCAUCAGGUAAUGAUAUUGUCAACAGUCCUUCAAGUGAUGGUAUCAUCAACAGUCCAUCAAGUGAUGGUAUCAUCAACAGUCAAUCAAGUGAUAGAAUCAUCAACAGUCCAUUAGGUGAUGAUAUCAUCAACAGUCCAUCAAGUGAUGGUAUCGUCAACAGUUCAUCAGACAAUGAUAUCAACAGUCCAUCAAAUGAUGGAAUCAUCAACAGUUCAUCAGGUGAUGGAAUCAUCAACAGUCCAUCCGGUGAUGAUAUUAUCAACAGUCCAUCAGGUGAUGAUAUCAUCAACACUCUAUCAUGUGAUGAUAUCAUCAACAGUCCAUCAAGUGAUGGUAUCACCAACAGUCCAUCAAGUGAUGGAAUCAUCAACCGUCCAUCAGGUGAUGGAAUCAUCAACAGUCCAUCCGGUGAUGAUAUUAUCAACAGUCCAUCAGGUGAUGAUAUCAUCAACACUCUAUCAUGUGAUGAUAUCAUCAACAGUCCAUCAAGUGAUGGUAUCACCAACAGUCCAUCAAGUAAUGGAAUCAUCAACCGUCCAUCAGGUGAUGAUGUCAUCAACAGUCUAUCAUGUGAUGAUAUUAUCAACAGUCCAUCAUGUGAUGAUAUCAUAAAUAGUCCAUCAGGUGAUGGUAUCAUCCACAGUCCAUCAGGUGAUGGUAUCAUCAAUAGUCCAUCAAGUGAUGGAAUCAUCAACAAUCCAGCAAAUAAUGGUAUCGUCAACAGUCCAGCAAGUAAUGAUAUCAACAGUCCAUUAGGUGAUCGAAUGAUCAACAGUCCAUUAGAUGAUGAUAUCAUCAACAGUCCAUCAAGUGAUGGCCAUGAAGGGAUGAUAUCAUCAACACUCCAUCAGGUGAUGGUAUCGUCAACAGUCCAUCAGGUGAUGCUAUCAUCAAGUCCAUCAAGUGAUGCUCUCAGUAAUAGUCCAUCAAGUGAUGGAAUCAUCAACAGUCCAUUAGGUGAUGAUAUCAUCAACAGUCCAUCAAGUGAUGGUAUCAUCAAUAGUCCAUCAAGAAAUGAUAUCAACAGUCCAUCAGGUGAUGGUAUCAUCAAUAAUCUAUCACGUGAUGGUAUCAUCAACAGUCCAUCAUGUGAUGGUAUCGUCAACAGUCCAUCAGGCCAUGAAGGGAUGAUAUCAUCAACACUCCAUCAGGUGAUGGUAUCGUCAACAGUCCAUCAGGUGAUGCUAUCAUCAAGUCCAUCAAGUGAUGCUCUCAGUAAUAGUCCAUCAAGUGAUGGAAUCAUCAACAGUCCAUUAGGUGAUGAUAUCAUCAACAGUCCAUCAAGUGAUGGUAUCAUCAAUAGUCCAUCAAGAAAUGAUAUCAACAGUCCAUCAGGUGAUGGUAUCAUCAAUAAUCUAUCACGUGAUGGUAUCAUCAACAGUCCAUCAGGCCAUGAAGGGAUGAUAUCAUCAACACUCCAUCAGGUGAUGGUAUCAUCAAGUCCAUCAAGUGAUGCUCUCAGUAAUAGUCCAUCAAGUGAUGGAAUCAUCAACAGUCCAUUAGGUGAUGAUAUCAUCAACAGUCCAUCAAGUGAUGGUAUCAUCAAUAGUCCAUCAAGAAAUGAUAUCAACAGUCCAUCAGGUGAUGGUAUCAUCAAUAAUCUAUCACGUGAUGGUAUCAUCAACAGUCCAUCAGGUGAUAAUAUCAUCAACAGUCCAUCAUGUAAUGGAAUCAUCAACAGUUUAUCAAGUGAGGAUAUCAUCAACAGUCCAUCAGGUGAUGAUAUCAUCAACAGUCCAUCCAGUGAUGGAAUCAUCAACAGUUCAUCAGGUGAUGCUAUCAUCAACAAUCCAUCAAGUGAUGGUAUCGUCAAAAGUCCAUCAUGUGAUGAUAUUAUCAACAGUCCAUCAUGUGAUGGUAUCGUCAACAGUCCAUCAAGUGAUGGUAUCGUCAAAAGUCCAUCAUGUGAUGAUAUUAUCAACAGUCCAUCAUGUGAUGGUAUCGUCAACAGUCCAUCAGGUGAUGGUGUCAUCAACAGUCCACCAAGUGAUAAUAUCAUCAACAGUCCAUCAUGUGAUGAAAUCAUCAACAGUACAUCAAGUGAUGUAUCAUCAACAGUCCAUCCAGUGAUGGAAUCAUCAACAGUUCAUCAGGUGAUGCUAUCAUCAACAAGUCCCAUCAAGUGA